AUGCUGGACUCCAGGAGCUGUGGAGCAACGAUGACGUCUAGUCACAAGAUUUCCUUUUCAAUUACCGAUAUUUUGGAUCCGAACAAGUUCAAUGGCAGAAGACUAAGCCAAGAGGAGAAGUUUCGCGCGCCAAAUGUGGAGGGAAGGAGUUUGGAUGCGGACAGCGCAGCAGCCCGAGGCUUCAAGACAGAACGCACGAAAGCAGGUGAAGACACACAAGAAAAACACUCAGUCAGUCAACAUUCAGCUGCUGUUGACCCCCUUCUGCCCUCUCCAUCAGAAGAAACAGAGCCCUGUCUCACCAGGGACCAAGACGGCGAUGGAGUCGGAAACUCAGACCUCAGCCCAGACCCGUCAUCUCACAAACGCCGGCGCCAGGAUCAGGCCUGUGCCAAGCCACGACGCGCCCGAACAGCGUUCACCUACGAGCAGCUGGUCGCCCUGGAAAACAAAUUCCGUGCAACGCGGUACCUCUCUGUGUGCGAGAGACUCAACCUGGCUCUGUCCUUGAGUCUGACUGAAACCCAGGUGAAGAUCUGGUUCCAGAACAGGAGAACCAAGUGGAAAAAGCAGAACCCCGGAGCGGACAGCACCUUGCAGACAGGCUCCAGCUCCAUGGUCGGUGUCAGUUCCAAUCCGGCCACAUGCGGGUCCAGUCCUACCAGCUUCCACCAGACUUUCUCCAACUUCAGUUCUGGAAAUGUGAUCCAAUUCCACACAGCUGGAGCUGUUCCUCUGUCAUCCACUGGAGGGCUGCUGAGCCCUUUCAUGUCCACUGGUUUUGUGCAGCCAACUUAUUUUAGUCCACAUUUAUGA